GCGUCGUUGCAGGUGCGCGGCCCCUCGCUCGAUCCCGCCUCGAGCAGAGUGCGGGGUGAUGCGCAGCCUCACGUCCCGUCUGCGGCCAUGGACGAGGCCCCCCUGCUUGGCGGAAUGUCCUGCCCAGAAGAUGAGAUGGUGACAGACCUUUUCAGUCCUGAGAGUCAGUUCGUUUCCGAAAACAUGGCCCUGAAAUCUGCCGUGGUGGUGAAGCACGAGGAGGACGAGUUCCAUGUCUUCAAAGACGCCUACCUGGGCGCUGACGACGCCAAGGAGCCCCUCCUGCACGCCUUCAACCCCGCGCUGGGUGCCGACUGCAAGAGCAAAGUCAAAGUGGAGCUCCUGGUGGAUGACGACCAGGAGGAAGCCCUUGGCGAGUAUCCCGGGCUACAGGAGCUCCAGGCCCUUGACGACGCUGUGCUGCCUGCAGCUCCGCAGCCGCAGGUCUACAACGUCCACUUCCUGUCCUCCCUGCUGACCCCGCACCGGAGUCCCACAGUCGUGCCCCUGGGUGCCUGGGCCAGAGACGGAGCUGCCAACCCGGGUGUCCGCAUGAUUCCAGUUGAGUUAAAGGAACCAGAUGGUACUGUUACAAGUAAUAAUCCAGAAGAAGCAACUUUUCAGAACCCUCUUGUUCAGGAAUCCUGUUGCAAAUUCCCACCUUCCCAAGAGCCAGAGGACACCUCCAGCUGUUCUCAAAAGAAAGACUCGAGCCCAAUGGUGAUAUGUCAGUUGAAAGGGGGUACACAAAUGCUGUGUAUAGACAAUUCUGGCACAAGAGAACUAAAAGCACUUCAUUUGGUUCCUCAGUAUCAAGACCAAAAUAAUUAUCUACAGUCAGAUGUCCCUAAACCAAUGACUACUUUAGUAGGAAGAUUUUUGCCAGUACCAGCAAAAUUAAAUCUCAUUACCCAACAACUUGAUAAUGGAGCCUUACCAUCAUCAGUAGUCAACGGAUCUGCUUUCCCUUCAGGAUCGACUCUUUCAGGACCACCAAAAAUAACUUUGGCUGGAGUAACUCUUAGUUCAUGGGACACAAAGUCUAAAAAGCCAUGUAACUGUACCAAAUCCCAGUGUCUGAAAUUGUACUGUGACUGCUUUGCGAGUGGGGACUUUUGCAACAACUGCAAUUGUAAUAAUUGUUGCAACAACUUACGUCACGAAAUCGAACGGUUUAAAGCCAUUAAGGCAUGUCUUGAUAGAAAUCCAGAAGCUUUCCAACCAAAAAUUGGGAAAGGAAAAUUGGGAGAUGUCAAGCCUCGACAUAACAAGGGAUGCAAUUGUAAGAGGUCAGGCUGCCUUAAGAAUUACUGUGAGUGCUAUGAGGGUAAAAUUAUGUGUUCUUCCAUUUGCAAAUGCAUUGGUUGCAAAAAUUAUGAAGAAAGCCCAGAACGAAAAACACUAAUGAACAUGCCAAACUUUAUGGAAAUUGGAGAUUUUGAAGGCAGUCACCAUUUAUCACCAACUAAAUGUUCAGGACUACCAAAAUUCAGGAAAGAUGGGCAGUCUUCCUCGUGCAUCUCCUGGGAGGUGGUGGAGGCCACGUGUGCCUGCCUGCUGGCUCAGGGCGAAGAGGCCGAGAAGGAGCACUGCUCCGAGUGCUUGGCAGAGCAGAUGAUCUUAGAGGAAUUCGGGAGAUGCUUAUCACAGAUCCUCCAUAUUGAGUUUAAAUCCAAAGGGUUGACGAUUGAGUCGAGUACACUUUAGUAAAAUGUGAAAGCAUGCCAUUUUGGUCUCAGUAUUCUAAAGGAAGUCUCUAAGGCUGUUUUGAGGAACUCAGGACCAGUGACUACCUGGUUAAGACCAAGUGUUCCCCUCACGUGGGCCUGGUGAGUUUGCUCAGAGCUCUCUAAAGGGUGUGUGAUCGCUUUUUUUUUUUUUUUUUCCUACAAAACUUAAGACAUAGUGUUGUUUGUUUGUCUGGAACGGAGGAGAGAGCUUGGGUUCCUGUAGCCCUGGGAGAAUUGUUGCACUGACAUGAGUAAUUGAGGUAAACAAGCCCUGGGGAGAGAGGGGUUCAUUCUUACUGGCUUCAUCCUCUCCAGAGAACUUUAUUCUAGAGGCUGCCCUGCAUAAAAAUGUUUGUUUGUUUGUUCGAUUUUCAAAUUACUAAGAAAUAAAUUUUCCAGGCAGGCUGUUAGAACUUAAAAUCUCUAGAGAACUACUAAAAACCCUAAAGAAAUUACGUUUCCCUACAGUGGCAUGAAUUAUCAGUCUUGUCCUAAAGCCACUUGGAAAUGCUGCAAUGGGGUCUUAAAGGCCAGGCUUGUGUCGGUAGUGUCUUGAGUUGCGGUACUUAAAUUUACCUAGUUUCUUAUGUGUUUCUAUUUAAAUUGUGAAAAAGCUCUAUUAUCCAAUUAACUUCUCCAUAAUUAUUGUUAUAAUAUUAUUAUUGUUUGUAAAAUAUAGUUAAAAUAACUGCUUACAGAAAC